AUGUCUACUGUCCCUCAGGGUCCUGUCGAGGCGCGUUCGCUGUCGUCCGUGACCGCUAUCGCGUCAAAUCCCCCCCGCCUACCCUCGCAAUCCCACCCACGAAAAGCACGAUCCGCUGUCCUUGUACAUUACAUUUUUCUCUCGCCUUUGAAGCCACCAACCAAAUCUAGCGUCUCCGCUGAGGCCAUCAAUGCAUCGCUAUAUUAUCUCCAUGUAUCAAGCCCCGAAGACGAUACCCUGCUUCAAGAAGUGGAAGAACAGCGCGAGGAGGAGGCUCAGUUGCGCAGGGAACAACUCGAGAAAGCAGGCGCCGACGAUCCAGCGAGUCGCGAGUUUGCACGGCUGAACAAUGUGCGCCGGAAGCCUGUAGGAGGGGAUGCGACCUCUGAACUCCCGCCAGUGCCACCCAAACACAAUGUUAUUCCCCCGGCUGUACCGCCGCGCAAGCCGCCCAUGCCGCAGCUGACUGCGGAAAAUGUGUCUUUUGCUGGCACCCCUAUAGCCAAUGGGCAGUCUCCUCAAACGUACGCCGUGUCUGAAGGCGCUGCAAGUGAGACUGGGGUCCAGAGUGCCCUGCCAUCAAGGCCCCUACCUCCACUUCCUCCCGGCGAAGAAUCCUGGGCGAAUACACCUGCUGCCGAGGACCCCCAAAAGAGGGCAAGUCGGUGGAGUGCGUUCGCUGGUCAUAUCCAAAGCAAGGGAGAGGUUUGGAGAGAAAGGUAUGAUGCGCUGUCAUCCGGCCGUCAUAGUCUUGACUCCCCGAGGCCCCAUCUGCGGCCUCGCUCGUCUCAUGAUCGCCCGGGGUCGCCAUUGAGAAGCCCCGGGCAGUCUCCUUCACGGCAGAGGAAUGCAAAUGGCACGCCUAUCAGCAAUGCUGGUUUCCAUCUCACUUUAAUUAGACGUGAUCCAACGUCUGGUACACAAUGGAACGUUGCGACUAUCUCAACGCCGCGCAUGGACCGCAAUGCCGUCGAUAUAGAGAUCUCUACGCCUGGGUAUAACAGAUUCGCAGGGUCCAAUGAAAUGCCUUCGUUGUCCAACCUGGCAGCCAACAUUCCAACAGGAAUAGGUCGUGCUGGGUUCCAACAAGCCCUAGCCGCCGAGCAACCCAAAGACCAGCCAAAGGACCAACCAACUGGGCCUCGCAAGUUCCAUCGUCAGCUCUGCGUAUCGAAACCUUUCGAUGACUCUGGCGCUGAUCAUAACGGCCACGGCCCAGAUAACUCAAGGCUGAAAAGCGGCUACUACGUAUUCACCUCACCCUGGAAUGGCACUUGCACCUUCGCCAGCAGCGUCAACGGCCGAAGUCUCAAAUGCAAACACAUGAUCCCGACCCCCGCCGGCUUCGUCCCACCAACCGGCGAGCACGAACCACCCCCAGCCGUGACAGUCGCUGAGCUCCGCUUCAAUACCCCCUUUCAAGCCGCCAACCUUCACUCGCACGCCCAUCACGCAGCCCACAAGCCACACCCCAACCACGUGUCCCCAUUCAACCAAAGCCAACUCCAAACCCAACACCUGCCUCGUCCUAACUACGACUCAGAGAAUCCAAGCCCAGACUCGCCCUCCAACUAUGCAUCCGCCAAACGAGGCUCCUUCUCCCAACUCCUCAAUCCAAAUACAUACUCCCGCCCACGCGCCCACUCAGGCCCAGGCUCGGCCCCAAGCGUCCCCGCCAAUCCAGCCGACCCACGUCCCCCCUUCAAUCCCUCCGCACUCCUCCGCAGAACGUCCCAGCGCGCGCAACGUUUCGCGCGCCAAAGUCAGUUCUACUCUCCUUCACAGCCGCAUGAUUACCGCAGCACGAGUACCAGUAGCGGUGGUAUGGAUUGCGAUGUUGACUCCGAUGAAGAUCGAUUGGAUCUCUCGCUUGCGAGGAGCCGGCUGGCGGUGGGUUGCGGGGGAAGAGCGCCAAGCUUGGAAAGUUGGUGA